AUGUCAUCUCGUCCAGCAGCCCCGACAAUCCCGUCGGUGAAACAGUCUUUCAUUACCAGCCAAACAACACUUCUUUCCCAGCCUAUCGCCCCAUCGCGUUCAUGGCAAGAAACCAACGACGCGUCAGAUGAGGCUAUCCCCGACCGCGUUGUCCAAGAAGUCCUCUAUAAUCUCAACCACACUAUCCAGCAGCAUUGCCGUCGUGUGUACCCUCCGCAAGCUAGUCGCAGCAUCGCUGAGCAGAUCAAUGAUGUUUACACUAAAGACGCUGAGCGGAAGGUGGGGGGACCUGCUGAUACCGAGGGUGGUAUCGGCAGAGAACUUGACUUGACCGAAGACGAAGCUAUAGAAGCGUUGCCCACUUCAUGGCACUUGGAAAAAGACAUCAACGAUCAUCCCAUGGAAACCAAGCGCUACGCAGACGCCGUCCAGCAACUCACUGAACUCAACGACCAGCGCAAGCAACUUCGAGAGCAAGUCGCGCGCUUGAAGCGCCUUCAGACUAUCGUCGAGCCACUUCAGACUGAUGAAAACGGCGCCGGUAUCCAAGAGAAUUUACUCACCCGAAAUGGCCCGGUUGAGAAGGAGCUCGAGAGAAUGAGAAUCUUACUGGCGAGAGUUGGUGGCCGUGUGCUUUCGCUGCCUGAAGAUGCUCCGAAUGGUGAGGCGAAGAAAGUCAGUUUGACUGAGAUGGGUGCACAGGGGCGGAAGAGACGUGUUGAUCAAUUUCUGGCUGAGGAUAAAGUGUUUCCCUCAUGA